CAAAACAACAAGUUAAAGGACUCAAUGAAAAUGGGCAAAUAGCCGUUAUUAAAGUCACGAAAAGUCACCUAUUUGGGGACAUUGACACUGCAAUUUUGAUUUUGUUGGACUGGUGCUGUCUGAUGUCUAUGCAACUUGAAAAUGAGUGAAGUAUCUCCAAGUGCGGCGAAAUUUUAUGGGGAUGGAGAACCGGACAUAGACAAGCAGCUUGAUUGGUUGAUAGAAAAAGAAGAGAAGGCUGCACAAGAGAAAUCAAAAGAAGGCAACAUGGAUGAAGAGGUAACCGAAGACAACAUUGAUAAACUUCUGACAGAAGAUGACAAUAAUGAAAAGGGUCAUGCUGAGACAGCGGGCUCAGGUAAAGAGGAAGAUGGCAGUGGUGAGCCUGGGCCAGAAAAAAGGGAUUUGUCCGGUCCAGAUGUAUCAAGUCCUGAGCUAGAACCUGAAGCUGGUGAAGCAGCUCAUGAUGCAGAGGACAAGUCAUCUCCAUCAGCAAAAACAGAGACAGCAUCUUCACCACAGCCUGGGAGUAGGGAAGAGGAUGGAGACGAUUACACACUGACGGAUGACCAGCGGCAAGCCAUGGCGGAGUUGGAUAACAUGAAGGGUGAUCCAGAGUAUGAUUAUUUACCAGAAGAGGAUCCUCCAGAGUAUGAUGUGUCAGAACGAAUCAAACUAUUAAAUGCGGAAUUAGAAACCGACGGUGUGCCAGUCAAUGAGGAUCGGGUGGUGAAGGUUGGAUUCAAGCAAAACCUAGUUGACCUGGUGGCACCACCACCAGUGUUUAGUGACGAUGAAGAGGAGCAUGAACAAGAAACGAAUCAGAGUAAUGAAAGUGCCAGCGAGGACACUCAAAAACCCAAAGGUAAAGAAAAUAAAGUGUUAAUAGAACGUGAUGGGAAAUUUGAACUUGUUGACUCUGACGAUCCACUUGCCGCGGAGUAUGGUGGUCUGCCACAUGCAGUAGGCGCUGGUGAUUCUUCCUUGUCCCCCUCCCCUCCGAGUCAACCCAGACCAGCCACGGCUAAUGGAUUCAGUCGCCAGCAGCGGCAUCAACCGAAUCGGCGUGCUCAGUCGGCCCACAUCUCUCGUGAUCAGGAUGAUGAUUGGUCCAGUGGUUAUAAAUCUCCGUAUGCUUUAAGCGAAGCCCAGAAAGCGAUUAAACAAGAACGGGAUAAGGCUCUACUUCGACGUCAGAGAGCUGAAGCUGAACAAAAAAAAGAAGAUGAGGAAGAAAAACGUAAAGAUAAUGAGGAUGCUUUCCAGGCGUGGUUGAAUCGGAAACGGGAAGAUGCUGCUAGAAGGCACCAGGAGGAGAAGGAAGCUGCAAGUCAACGAGUGAAGACGAGUGAGUCUUCUGAUGCUGGUAGCGGUUCUAGUGCUGCCAAUAGCACCGGUAGCACAGAGGCAGAGGAUGAUCGAGAUAGUGAGGGUGCUUUCAGAGAAUGGCUGCAGGUGAAAGCAAAGCAGAAGCAAAAAGAGAAAGAAAUGGAGGGGGAGAAGAUCAGGGAGGUUCAGGAUGGCUACUAUUACCGUACACGGAAGGAUUGUGAUAAGGCAUACAAGGCGUGGCUAAAGAAGAAAAAUGCUGAUAUGAAGAACAGCAAAGACUAUAAGAAAAAGAAGCAGUCGAUUGCCAUGUUGUAUCUUCGGCGAUCACGGAAAUCUCAGGCGUUGGCUCGAGCCAUUCAAUACUCUCACUCGUUCCGAUAUGUGGACUAUUACGGUUAUCGCGUGUGAGGAUUGCUUAAGACUGAUAGGCAAAAGUAGUUACAUUUUCAUUGUUGAAGGCUGGUCUGACUCUCAUAAAAAGAGCAGAAAAUGUCGGAUUCAUUUUAUAGGUUUAAGACUUAAGGGAGUUGCAUGUUAUGAGCAAACAACCAAAUUAUAAUGCAAGUUAACCCAGUUAUACACCACUCAUUAUAAACAAGUUAGACAGUACUGUAAACUCGGAAAUAUAUGUUUGUGUAUGCCUUUUAUCUUUCGCGUUUACAGAUAAAAGUGAAAGUGCACUUUCAACAAACUGCGAUUUGAAAUGGCUGGAAAUAUUUCGGGUUUUCCACUAUGGGAAUAUUCAACUCAGUCUGUCAUUUUGUGUAAACUUUAGAAAAGUGUCAUUGGUUGUCUUGGAUUAGUCCAAGGCCUAAAGUAGCCAGUUGUUAUGUAAUUGUACUUGAUGGGUUAUACAUUCGUAAGCACCUUUUUGUAUGCGUAGAACAGAAUGUCCUUUCCGUCCGAUUUUGAACAGUACCAUGGUUCACACCCGAAUUACAACAUACUGGUAUUCGGCAGUAGCAGUUGAAAUGCUAUCUGCGAUAGAGCAAGCUAGGGUUGCGAGGACAUUCCUUUCUUAUUUCAUUUUCAAAUUUAUGGUAUCAUAUCACAAUGCCGUCCAUACUUUCCAUGAAAGGCAAUAUGUCCAUGUAUUCUUUGCAAUCUGUUUUUCAUAUAAUCGUAUGUGGUAAAGGAAAGUGUAUCAUUUGUAGAACUGAUGGCCAAUCCUAUUGGUUUGUUGCAUUCACUGACAAUCACUUUUUUGACUAUUAUGCCGUCAAAAUAGACGGAUAUUUUGAUGUAAGUUGAAGUGUCAGUCUGCAGUCCACUACAUGUUGUCUUCACUUUAAAAAUUGACAUUUUGACAAAGUCUGCUGCAACAUAUCAGAAACUGUUGGUGUUACAUUAGUUGUACAAAUUUGUCUUAGUCCUAUGUGAACUGCCAUUCACAAUUUCUCACGCAUGUCAAGGACUGGGGAACAUGUUGCAGAGGAGAUCCUUGUUUCCAGAAUAUUCUUUUGCAAAGAUAUGAUCGAUUUUAACUGAAUGGUUAUAAGUCUUUAUAAGGUUAUGAUUUAGUUAAUAUUACAGGUUCUUCAUAGCUUCUGUCAAAGUCAAGAUAACCCCAGUCCUAAAACAGACCACUGUAUCUACAUGUAUAGCACUGUGCCUUCAUUUUUUCAAAUUGCUCAAUAUCAAUCCACUAUGUCUAUGCACCAAAAGUCACAAAAUGCCUUUUUUCUGCCAAAAUCCUCAGCCCUGUAGUUGUGACCCAUGCAUAAACAUUGGUGAAUUCUUCUUUGCGUUUUCCAAAUUGAAAUCAUGUACAUGUACAUACUUAUUCAGUUGUACUUAUUUUUCACCAACCCACCCAGACAGCCAGAUACAGAUUACAUUCCGGUAAUCAUUGGAAUAUUGUGCCAACAUUUGAAAAUUUAGAAUUUGUAUGUUUGUUGAUUUUAUGAUCUUUGAAGUAACUGUGAUAUUUAAUGAUAUUUCCAGAAAAAGGUAGGCUUUGUUAUUUGGAAACACACUGAAUUUCUUUUUCUUUGAGCUGUUUGAUAUGAAACAUGCCAAUUGACCAUCCAUUUUACCACAGUCAUUCGUUAACAGCUCCAAACAAGUCUGUGAAAAUCUUUGUCUUGAUUUUUGAGAGACUCAGGAAUUGCAUUGAACUGUCAUGAUCUACGCAGCAGGCCUUCUAGUGUGUACAUGUGUCAUGAUUUAAGUAGAACUUUCGAACACUCCAGGAGAUACUGUUGAGUGAAAGUGCCGCUCCUUCUGUUGUCUUCACAGUCUUGACAGGGAAAAGACACGAGGCCUUGUGAGCGUUCUAAUUUUUUUGCUGCAAGACUAUGAAUUUAUUUUCAUUGACUUGUUGCAAUUGCCACUGAAAUACAAAUCCUCUGAUAUAUCCGUCCAUUCUUUGCUGUCCCAUCCAUUGUGUCGACAGAGCUGUUGAUAGCAUUGGGAACUUUUUCAUAAUCAAAACAUUCAUUAAUGUCCUACUGUUGAUAGAUAGGUAUUAUUCACCAAUAAACUUAUUUG